AUGGCGCCCACCAAGAAGUCUAAGUCGGCCAAGCACUCGGAGAGCAUCAACGCCCGCCUCCAGCUCGUCGUCAAGUCGGGCCGCUACACCCUCGGCUACAAGCAGGCGCUCAAGCAGCUGCGCAACGGCAAGUCCAAGCUCAUCCUUAUCUCGCGCAACUGCCCCCCGCUCCGCAAGUCGGAGCUUGAGUACUACGCCAUGCUCUCGAAGACCUCGGUUCACCACUACGACGGCUCGAACGUCGACCUCGGCACCGCCGCUGGUCGCAUGUACCGCGUCGGUGUCAUGUCGAUCCAGGACGCCGGUGACUCCGACCUCCUCCAGGUCCAGGAGGCUUAG